AAUUACCCACAGGUGUGUUGACUCAAAGCCUUUGUCAUUAAGUCUGUGCUGAAUAAAUGCCGUGAGGGCCGCUAGUCAAGGCCUGUGGCCGCCACAACUCUACAGCUGGGGAAGGAGGCAUGGGACUCUGGGAAAGGGUGGCAGUCAUUUAGACCUGGAGCCAAGGGGCCAGGGGCCUGGGUAGGCAACAGAGCCGCACAGUGACCUUGCUACCCUAUUUAUGGGCCAGCCACCAGCUGCCCUCACACCCAGGGUCUUUCUGCAGGUGGAGCUGAAGAGCCAGGAGGCUCAAAGUCUGCAGCAGCAGCAGAACCAGUACCUGGGUCACCUGCAGCAGUAUGUGGCCACCUAUCAGCAGUUGACCUCUGAGAAGGAGAGGCUGCACAACCAGUUACUGCCGCAGACCCAGCUUGUGGACUGGCUGCAGCAGCAGGAAGCUCAAAGCAAAGCAGUGGCCAAGAUGGGCUGCCAAGAGUUGCGGGAGACCCAGGAGCGCCUGGAAGCUAUCAGCCAGCAGAACCAGCAGCCUCAGGCCCAGUUGAGCCUCAUGGCUCUCCCUGCGGAAGGAGAUGGACUGGACAGUGAGGAGGAGGAGGAGGUACCUCAGCCCAUGCCAAGCAUCCCGAAGGAUCUAGAGAGCCAGAAGGCCAUGGUGGCAUUUUUCAACUCAGCUGUAGCUAGUGCCGAGGAGGAGCAGGCAUGGCUAUGUGGGCAGCUGAAGGAGUGCACUGCCAGCGCCUGGCUCAUCUGCUGGCCUCGGCCCAGAAGGAACCUGAGGCAGCAGCCCCAGCCCCAAGAACUGGGAGCGAUUCCAUGUGUGGGGAGACCCACCAGGCCCUGCAGGGGGCCAUAGAGAAGCUGUAGGAGAGUACGUCGCACUGUACCAGAGCCAGAGGGCAGUGCUGAAGGAGGAGCACCAGGAGAAGGAGGAGUGCAUCAGCAGGCUGGCCCAGGACAAGGGAGAGGGGAAGGUGAAGCUGCUGGAGCUGGCGUUGCGGCUUGUGGACGACUGCAACAAGUGGCAUGGCAGAUUCCUGGCAGCUACCCAGAACCCUGCUGAUGAGCCCACUCCAGGGGCCCCAGCCCCCCAGUAGCUUGGGGCUACCGACAAGCAGGGUAGUGAGCAGAGCCCUCAGGCAGGGUGGGUACACAGGAGCAGGGUAGGGCUCGCACAGCACCCUGCCUCCCUCUCUCCAAAGAUCUUUGCGAGGUGAGCCUUGCCAGCAGCGGGGAGCCUGCACAAGGAGAGGCGGGGAAGGGUUCUCCCUGUGACAACCCCACUGAGCAGCAGAUCAUGCAGCUGCUUCAUGAGAUGCAGAACCUCCAGGAGCUUGGGCAGCAGCCUUUGCAUUCCUUUUUUGUACCAGACUGAUGAGAACGAUGAGGUGAAGAUCACCAUCUAAAAGCCGGCCACUGUCAGCAAAACCUGGGGAAGUGGGGCUGGAGGCUCUGCCCCUAACAAGUCCCUACCACCCCUUCCCAGUUCCUACCACCCCUUCCCAGUCAAUCCUUUACCCUCACAGUAGCAAGCAUAAGACCCCUGUCUAAUGUGGGGAGACAGGUGGAGAUGAGGUGAAGAUCACCAUAAUCUAAAAGCAGGCCACUAAAUAAAAAAAUAAAAAUUUUUAAAAA